AUGAAGCUCGGGCGGCUAGGAACACCAGUCAUGCGACCCGCUUUGCACGUGUGGUGUCUCUUGUGGCUCUGCGCACUCUUGACGGAGUUCGUUGCUGCAGGCACGAUUCAGCGGGUUAUUGGCGCUGACCCUGAAACCGAGAGACGUUUCAUCGCCCAGAUCGCUUCGUUGGGAGGAUUCCGGUGUUCGAACGACAGCGGAACGCUGCUGCCGCCUUCUUUUUUAAACGAUGACUACUGCGACUGCCCGAACGGUGCUGAUGAACCGGGCACGGCAGCCUGUGCUGGCCUCGCUCCGCUCUCCCAAAAGUUCUUCUGCCCCGGAGAAGACAACGAUAAGCAGACGCUGCCGCUCUCCUGGGUGAACGACGGCCAGUGCGACUGCUGCGACGGCUCGGACGAGUGGCUCUCAGGUGUCCAAUGUGAGAACGUUUGCGACGUGCUGCGCUCGGAACGCCUUCGGGAGCUCGAGCUGCAGUUAGCUCGUUACCGACAAGGCCUAGAGAAGCGAGCCGAGCUUGUUGAAGAGGCAGCUCGGAUCCGACAGGCGGAAGGCAACCAGCUCGUAGUGACGAAGCGACAACGACUCGCCGAAGCGGAACGCACCCUAGCCGCCAUCGAACAGAAGCGAAGGUUCUUUGAAACCUGGCUCCGCUGGUUCGAUACUUCUACGGAAGCGCUUGCUGACGCUGGAGAACGACCACCUGCACAGCAACAGGAUGCACAGCAGCAGGCAUCGCCUUCUGGGCUGGCAGAAAUGGUCACUUCCGAAGUCGAGCGCGAGUUGGCGGCAGUUCCGAGCGAGCGCGACCUUACCACCGCACCCCAGGCGAAGCCUCUCUGGCGACGGUGGUGGUGGUGGUCGUGGCGGCGGCACCACUUCUGGGAACGCUUCAUCGGGGCGUCCGACUCGAGCGCACCCAUCGUUGAACUGGAUGAGCCGGUCGAUCUCGAGAGCACUGCUUGUAUGCGACUGAUGCGACUGCAGGCGCCCAUCUGGGUCGUGCAGCGCUUCGAAAGACUCUGGGGACAACACCUGGCACCAAUGGAACGCAUUCGACGAAGCGUUGGGCGCUUUGCAGCUCCGCUGCUGAAACGCAGUGUUCAGCAUCGGCACAUCCGCACUUGUCUGCGUCUAGCGCAGGGGGGCGUUGCACGCGCCCACCGAGAGCGCGAGGAGGCUGCGCGGGCGCUCGAGGAAGCGCAGCGCCUCGAAGAUGCUUAUCUGGGCCCUCAGGAUGUAUUGUUGGGUAUGCGGGAUCAUCCUUGCUUACGGAAGACUGUUGGACAGUACGACUACGAAGUGUGUCUUUUGCAACACGUGAAACAGUAUGAACGAGUGAGCAGAGGGAGCCACACCGGCAUCGUGCUGGGAAGUUUUGCGUACGCGGAGCACGUUUCGGUGAACUGGAGCGGUUCACCUGAUAAACUGGCCCUCCAGUACCUGGGCGGGGAUAUGUGUUGGAAUGGACCCCAGCGCGAAGCUACCGUGAUCGUCGAGUGUGACCCGAACCUGAGCAUCCUGACCGUAACAGAGACUGAACGAUGCAAGUACCGCGUGACACUCCAGGGGCCUCUGGGUUGCUUCGAGGAGGCGCUAGCGGAGCUGGAGCGGCAACGAGCUCGCCUCUCAGUUCAACAGCAGCCCGCUAGCUCAUCCUGA